AGUGAUGACAGAGAGACAGAUACAGCAUCAGAAAGCAGUUAUUCCCUUGGCAGAAUCAAGAAGAGUCCCAGCUCUCUAACCAAUCUUAGCGGCUCUUCUGGCAUGGCCUCCUUAUCCUCUGUGAGCGGAAGUCUAAUGAGCAUCUAUAGUGCAGACUUUGGCAAUGUUGAUGUGAAGGGGAACAUUCAGUUUGCUCUUGAUUAUGUAGAACAGCUGAAUGAGCUCCACAUUUUUAUUUGCCAAUGUAAAGACUUGGCAGUGGCAGAUGUUAAGCGACAGCGUUCAGACCCGUAUGUAAAGACCUACUUGCUUCCAGAGAAAUACAAGCUGGGCAAACGGAAGACCUCUGUGAAAAAGAAAACUUUUAAUCCAGUCUAUAAUGAAAUACUGCGGUAUAAAAUUGAGAAGGGUGUCCUAAAGAACCAAAGCCUUAAUAUCUCUGUCUGGCACAACGAUACCUUUGGGAGGAAUAGCUUCCUUGGUGAAGUGGAGCUGGAUUUAGGAACUUGGGACUGGAAUGAUAAAUCCAACAAGCAGAUCAACUGGUUUCCACUCAAGCCAAGGACUACAACAAUGGCUCUUGAACUAGAAAACAGAGGGGAGAUGAAACUAGCUCUCCAGUAUGUCCCACACCCUGUUGGAGGAAAGAAGACUGUAUCUACUGGUGAGGUCCACAUCUGGGUGAAGGAAUGCCAUGACCUUCCUCUUCUGAGAGGCAACAGGCUCAACUCUUUUAUUAAGUGUACCAUUCUUCCAGACACUAGCAGAAAAAGUCGCCAGAAAACAAGAACAGUAGCAAAAACUACAAACCCAGUAUUCAACCACACCAUGGUCUACGAUGGCUUUAGGCCAGAAGACUUGAAAGAAGCCUGCAUAGAACUCACAGUCUGGGAUCACAACAAACUAGCCAACCACUUUCUGGGAGGCCUCAGGAUAGGCCUUGGAACAGGCAAAAGCUAUGGAACUACAGUAGACUGGAUGGAUUCUACUUCAGAUGAAACUGCCCUUUGGGAGAAGAUGAUGAACUCACCGAACACAUGGAUAGAAGAUACACUACCUCUCAGGAUGCUAAUGGUUGCAAAAUUGACAAAAUAAAGUGGCUUUUUAAUUGCUAGUGUCAAAAAGAAACCUUGGGAAUGAAACUAAAGGUGUGGGGGUGAAACUUGGAAGAGGAAUACAGUAUCUCUUUUCACGGUCUCUGCUUCGUUGCUGUUUUGGUUUCAUGCUGUCAAAUGUCACUUCAUAUUUCAAAUUAAACUUCUGCCUGCAGAUUUUUAUGUAAAUUUA